AGAUUAGAAGUGCUGUUGGACUCAAUUCCACAGCUGGGGAUCAUGAAGUUUGGUGCAUAGAGAGGGAAAGACAAGUACUUCUUGCAUUUAAGCAAGGUUUGGUUGAUAACUAUGGUGUGCUUUCCUCCUGGGGAAGUGAAGAACAGAAAAGGGACUGCUGCAAAUGGAGAGGAGUUUCAGUGUAGCAAAGCAACUGGGCGUGUAAUUGAGCUUAUUCUUCAGGAUUGCUCUUUAAGAGGGGGACAUCUUCUCAGUCAGUUAGGGAACCUCACAAGUUUGCAACUCCUUGAUCUUAGACAUAAUUACUUCGACAGUAUCAAAAAUCUUGAGUGGCUUUCCCAUCUUUCUUCUUUGAAGUACCCUGAUUUGAGUACAAUUGACCUUACCCUUGCUGUCCUUGACCUAAACAGUAAUAACUUGACUGCUUUCACAUUCCAGUGGCUGUCCAAUUUCAACUUAAGCAAUAGCUUAGUCCUACUCAUGUUAAGUAGAAAUGUGUUUCAAGGUCCAAUUCCAGAAACUUUCGGUCACCUGACUUCUUUGGAAUAUCUAUAUCUCAAGGAAAAUCAAUUUGAAGGAGGGAUUCCAAAAUCCUUUGAGGGUCCAACGAGACUGGAUUGGAGAAAGGUUAAGUUCAUUAAAUUCCUUAACCUAAAAUCCAAUAAUUUUUAUGGAGAGAUCCCCUUGCAGAUAUGCCAGUUGACUAGUAUUCUGCUGCAAGACCUCUCUAAUAACAGUCUCUCUCAACACAUACCCUGGUGCAUAGGUAUUCUAACUGCCUUGGCCAGAAAAGACACUUUUGUGGAAGAAUAUCAUUAUUUUGUGAAUUCUGCUAUGGCAGGAUUCUACGUUGACAAAGCAUUAGUCAUGUGGAAAGGAAUAGAGUAUCAUUAUGAAUAUCUCAAAAAUUUGAGGAUUAUUGAUCUCUCAGGCAACAAAUUAAUGGGGGAAAUUCUGAUGCAAAUAUGGAGCCUCUUUGAAUUGGUUUCAACUGAAUUUGUUAAAAAACAAUUUGACAGGAAGGAUUUCACUAGAUAUUGGGCAGAUGGGACAGUUGGAGUCGCUUGAUCUUUCACACAACAGGCUUCUAGGCUGGCUUCCUUCAUUCAUGUCCCAGUUACAUUUCCUCAGUACCUUGUACCUGUCAUAUAACAACUUUUCAGGGAGAAUUCCAUCCAGCACCCAUUUGCAGAGCCUUCCAGCUUCUGCAUUUGUUGGUAAUCUUGCACUCUAUGGACUUACUUCCUUUGCCACAAACAUGCCCCAAUGAUGAAAAACCUACAGAUGGAUGUGUCAAAUACAAUCAACAAGACGAAGAUGAAUUCUGGAAAGGGUUUAAAUCUAGUAUGGAACUUGGAAUGGCUUUUGGCUUUUUGUGAGUUCUGGUUUUCAAGUUAGAUCAUCCCUGGAAACAUGUUUGUUUCCUACUGUUCAAUUACCUAAAGGUCUACCUCAUCAACUUGAAGGACCAUGUCUGUCUGGUUACAGUGAAUGCUGCCAACUGCAAAGAAAGUUGAAGUUUUAGAAGCCAUCCCUCCUUUCCUUGGAGCAUGGAGAGGAAGGUUCAAGAGGCAUCUUCAGAAACUUCUAGGACUUUGCUUCUCGUGAGGUGAAAUUCCAGGCUUCCUUCUCAACUACCCCUGUCUUCAGGACAACUGUUUCUAUUCCCUCUUUGUGUGCAAUAAAUUAUUGUUUGUUUCUGUUUUAUGGCAUCAUCUCCGUGUUAUGUAUGUUUAAUUUCACGAUCUUGUUUUUAAGGAAUGAAGAACAAGCUGCAUGCUCUUGAAAUAAGAUGAAAACCUUGAA